GGAGGCAGGAAGGAGGAGAAGAACCUGCUCACACACCUGAAGUAGCACUCGGGACAGCCCACGCCGGCCUCUCCAUCAUCAUGAUCCUUCUCUGGUCUCUGCUCAGCUUCUUCGGGACACUGUCAGUCACAUGGGCUCUUGAGUGCUACAGUUUUGAACGUUCCUUUGCUGGUCCUUUUGAUCUCUCUGGCCUCCGGAUGCCCAUUGUGGUCUGUGGUUCAGGUCAAGAGGCCUGCCUGGAGGCAGUGACUUCCCUGAGUACAGGUUACAGAAACUCACUGACCCUGGUGAAAAAGGGCUGCUCUUAUGGGCCAGGUUCCGGGGAGAUGACCUCAGGGGGAGACUCACUGCCCCCUGACUACACCAUGGUACGGCGAUGCCAGGAGAAUCUAUGCAACCGCCAGAUCGAGAGCCAUGACAGCAUCCCCAACCUCAGUGCAGCCCCAGAUCCCCCUGAACUCAGUGGCACAGAGUGCUGGGCCUGUGUCAGUACUACUCCUGAGGGCUGUGAGCUCCAGAAUGCCCACAAGAUCAAGUGUCAUGGGGGCCAGAGUGUUUGCUUCCAGGGUCAAGGCUUCCUGGCCAUCGAAAAUUUCACCAACUCUGUCUACAUGAGGACAUGCCACGAGCCCACGUGCACUUUCAUUGGGGCUGCCACUCACUGGUCAGACAACUACCUCAAAGGGACCUGCUGUGAGGGGAAUCUCUGUAAUGGAGUCUCCAGCAUCCCUAAGCCCCAUUUCUUCAAUACUGCUUCCUCUCAUGCCCCUUCGCUCCUGGCCCUGCCCCUGAUAGUCCUCUUAUUGUUAGGGGUCUGAACGAAGUCCUGGUUUCCCUCCAAGCUUGGCUUUUCGGUCUGUUUAGAGAGCCUUAAACACUCAGGCAAGGGAUGUGGUACUCAUAUGUGUUGCCGGGCAGGGUGGGGAGGGAGGAUCAGGGCAACCCUGGUUAGGAGUGGAGAUACUUGGAGAGUCACCAGUUUGGAAGAGGCUGCAGAGGCAGCCCAGCUCAACCUUUCCCUUUGCUAAUCCCUCAAAAGUGCUCCUGCCGCCUCCAGGUGAAUACAUCCUGUGAAGGGGAACUCAUUCUCUCUCUAGGCAAUCUGAUCCACUUUGGACAGUGCUAAUUAUUAAAAAGUGUUUCUUUCCGUCAA